UUUCAAAUGUUGCUACAGUCUGGAAAGCCAUAUGCUCACAGCUAUACAAGACAAGUCCUGGUACACUCAGUAUCUUACAAACUGACUCUUGUUGAUACACCUGGACUGGGAGACAAUUCAACAGAUAAUGAUGUUUUAACUGACGAUGACGUGUGUGAGAGAAUCAGAUGGGCAAUUGAACCACUGAGACAUGAAAAUGCACACAUAAUGGUAGUCUAUUUUGCCAGUGCCAUAACUAAUCUGGAUAACAAGGAAGUGGAAUCCAUAAGAAAAUUAGAAGAGGCUAUAUGCAUUCCUGUAAGCUGUGUUGUCCUGACACAUGCAAAGUCAGCUUUCGAGCAAGCCUCUCUCGACUGGGAUACAAGCAAAGAGCAAGUGCAAGAACACCUACACUCCAUUGCUGAAGAGUUUGUAACGGAUUUCAAAGCCAAACAUUAUGAUGACGAAGACCUCAUAGAUCUCAGUGAACAAAACCGAGAAGAAAGAUUAACAGAAAAAGUGCAAGAAGAGAUCAAACGUGGCAGUGAUAAUUUGCCGACAAGAAAAAGGACACGGCAGGAAUUCCUACAUAUUCUGAGUAGAAGGCAGCUUAUUGAAAUAAAGAAACAGUGGUAUCCAUUGAAGUUGGGCAGAGAGCUGCCUGUCACGCUUAUUGAAAACAAACCAUCACAUAUGACUGAAAGUGGUGUAAAAGAAAUCUACACAACGUGGAUUGAACUGUUAGAUGAAGGUGCUGGUCUCUUCCACUUCAUGACAGGAAACUUGUCAGAAAAUGGUGUCACAUUCCAUGAAAAGAUACACACAAAAGCACCAAUGACAUCAACCAGCCGCUCUACAGAAGUAAACGAUUCUAAAAGAAUCAAUAGAGAACAACAACAGAGAGGCCAUCAAACAACACUCCUUCAAUUGCCAAGUGAUUGCACAAGCCCCGAAGUCCAACGAGAACGCAACCAAGCAAGAGAAGAUAGUGUUGUAAACUAA